AUGUCGUCUGCAAAACCUAUCACAUGUAUUGCUGCCGUGGCUUACGAGGCUGGCAAACCUCUCACAGUGGAAGAGAUCGUGGUGGAUCCCCCAAAGGAACAUGAAGUCCGUGUUAAAAUUGAGUACACGGCGGUUUGUCACACAGAUGCGUACACACUCAGCGGAGUAGACCCAGAGGGUGCUUUCCCAUCGAUCUUGGGCCAUGAGGGCGCUGGAGUCGUGGAAUCAGUUGGCGAUAAAGUCACCAACGUCAAGGCUGGCGAUCAUGUCAUUGCAUUGUAUACAGCUGAGUGCAAAGAGUGCAAGUUCUGCACUUCUAAUAAAACCAAUCUGUGCAGCUCUGUGAGAGCCACGCAGGGUAAAGGUGUGAUGCCAGAUGGAACUUCAAGAUUCCACAACCAAAAGGGCGAAGAGCUGUUGCAUUUCAUGGGCUGUUCGACCUUUUCUCAAUACACGGUUGUGGCCGACGUCUCACUUGUCGCAAUUGACCCACAUGCUCCUUUGGACACUGUGUGUUUGCUAGGGUGUGGUGUCACUACAGGCUACGGUGCUGCCAUCAAGACAGCAAACGUACAAAAGGGCGACACCGUUGCUGUUUUUGGUGCAGGAACCGUGGGUCUUUCCGUGGUACAGGGAGCCAAAGUCAGAGGAUGUUCUAAGAUCAUCGUAGUUGAUACCAAUGAUCAGAAGAAAGAUUGGGCCCACGAAUUUGGUGCCACAGAUUUCGUCAACCCUUCCAAGGACUUGAAAAAUGGUCAAAGCAUUGUUGAAAAACUUGCCGAAAUGACCGAUGGUGGUCUUGACUUCACCUUCGACUGUACCGGUAAUACCGAUGUUAUGAGAGACGCGCUAGAGGCUUGUCACAAAGGUUGGGGCCAGUCCAUCAUUAUUGGCGUGGCGGCCGCCGGCAAAGAAAUAUCAACCAGACCUUUCCAGUUAGUUACUGGUAGGGUCUGGAAAGGAUCUGCUUUCGGCGGAAUUAAGGGGAGAUCGGAGAUGAAUGGGUUGGUAUCCGACUAUCUUGACGGUAAACUGAAAGUUGACGAAUUUAUCACACACAAGAGAGCUUUCUCGGACAUCAAUGCUGCUUUCGAGGAUCUACAUCACGGAGACUGCCUAAGGACAGUUUUGGACCUGUCUAAGUGA